GGCACAGCAUUCUGCACUGUUGUGUCCCACCUGUAUCUGUUUCCCCUCGGCUCCGUUGAAAGUCAUGGCGGGUCCUGAUCUGAUAAGAACUCUUCUGUAUACCGUCAAUAAUCUUCUACAGCAGGAGAAAUACAAAGCGGCGUUGGCAGUUUUGAAGGGAUUCAGGAACGGCGCUGUAUAUGGGGCUAAAAUCAGAGCACCACAUGCCCUGGUUAUGACAUUUCUAUUUAGAAGUGGCAGUUUAAAGGACAAGUUCAAAGCCAUUUUGAAGGCCACAUACACCCACUCCAGAAACCUGGCGUGCUUUGUGUUCACGUACAAAGGACUGCAAGCUUUGCAGCAGAAACUUCAAGGAAAGAGUUUACAGUCUCACUCAUUUCUGGCUGCCUGUGUUGGUGGAUGGUUAGUGUUUGGCGAUAACAACAACAUUAACAGUCAGAUCAACAUGUACCUGCUGUCCAGGAUCCUGUUCGCCCUGUCUCGGCUGGCUGUAGAGAAAGGAUUCAUCCCACAGCCUAAGCAUGACCCUUUCCCACUCUUUGCCACGCUAGUUUGGGGUAUCGUUUUGUGGUUGUUUGAGUAUUACCCACAUACACUCCAGCCAUCACUGCAGUCCUCCAUGAACUACCUCUAUCAUGACAGCAAUGUGUGGCAUGACAUCUCAGACUUCCUAGUUUACAAUAAGCCAAGGACUGCUGCCCAAAACUGAAGGUUUAUUGUUUUAUUUUUUGUAAAAUAAUCUUUUUUUUAAUCACUAUUCUAAAUAUGAUUUGAUUAAAUUUUGCCUUUUUAAAUGUUUGACACUGAAGUUUGUAUUUGAAUGUCCUAAUUCUUUUCUGUUUGUCAGUAUCAACCAAGUUUCUAGCUAAAGUGCUCAACCAUCAUAUUUAAGUACCAUUGCUGAAAGGCAAUGGUUGCAGUACUUCCUAUGAUUUUGUGUUCAUAUUUUAUCUGAUUGUACAGAUUGUUGGAGAUUCUGAUUUUCCAGAGCUAUGUCACUAAAUGUAGUUGCUGUAUAAUUGAAGAAUUAAUAAACAACUAAAUUAAAUUUCUGUUGUCUCUUGUAAACCUGUAGCUACACAUUGACAUAUUUGUGUCACCUCAAGUUGUCAGCUGAUUUAUUUUAAAAAAAUUAAAACAUUCUUUAACAUUCAUUCAGUAACAAAGCAAUGGCAGCUGUUAUUUUUAACUUAUAUAUGAACUGUUAAUGUUCUUUCUGCAAUGCAUUCUGCAAGUUUGAAUGAUGAAGCAUAAUGACACGUAUUUCUUUGCGUUUUUUUUUUUUAUGAAAUAAUGAUUUCUUCAUACUGCUUACGCCUGAACUCCUCCCAGCAAUGCAUGCAGAAGAAAAACUGGAUUUGCAUGUUGCAGAUUUUGUUAGGUUGUCUUAGUGACUCAAGGUGUGCCAUUGUUAUAUAAUAUUUAAUGUAGAGUGAAAUCUUCAAAGGGUUAAUCAUCACUUUUUGAUUGCAUCAUUUUGUUGAACAAUAGCAUAUUGUUCAACAACGUUGCAUAGGUUUUCUAGUUUUAUUCACAAAAUUGGUCCAACGUGGCCAGUUUCAAGAAAAAACAAGUUUAGUUGGUUGAAUUAAGCAGGUGCAUUCUCUACUGUAUACUUGUUAAAAAUGUUCUACAGUCUGUUAUUUGAAUUGAAAUAUUAAUUACUUUAAAAAUGCUAUAAAUGGUAAUGUAUACAUUUACUAGAAGAAUCCAUCCAUUUUUAACUGCUUGGACAAUUCAGGGUCACAGCGGUGUUGGAGCCUAACCCAACUGUUACACAGAGAGAGACCUGCACCCAGGGCAGUCUAUAACAGGCCUAUCACACAGAGACAGUCAUUCACAUGCAGACUUUUGGGCAUGUUGUACAUGCAUGCGCUGGGAGAACAUGCAAACCCCACACAGAACACCCCCAGGUGGCCAGGUAUUUCAGCUAGAACUGUCAGCUCACUGAUGGUAAUAGUACUUGUGCUUAUGCAUUCCUUAUGAAAUUACAUCCUAGUGUCAAACUUACAGAAUCACUUUUGAUGCAAAAUUCAAAUGAGAAGUGACACUGACAUGGAUGAUGACUUUCAGUGUUUCAAUUUAAUGUUACUUUAUGUUCUCCAUUGGUAAAUAACACUAACGAUAUAUAAAAUAAAAAAUUAAAAACACCUUUAAUUUGGCCACGACAGUCCAUGCUUUAGUUUAUCAGAAUUUUACUUACCCAUUGGUGGUAAUAAUACUGUACAUAUUAUCAUAACACCAUAAAAGGGCUGUUCUGAACGAAUGUGCUUAUUUCUAUAAUUUAGAUAAUACUAUCUGUUAAAAGUAAAUAUAGGCUAAGUACACUUACACCGUACUUCAUGAACAGUCCUUCUGUGUAGACAAAAAAAGAUUAUAUAUGUGCUGCGACUAAAUCCACUGGUGUUACUUGUUAAAUGUCAAAUGUUAAAAAAUAAAAUAUCAAACAACUUCAACUAAAAACACUGUUGAUGUAAAAUAAUGCAACACAGUACUGUUCACUCUUACACUAACACUUUUCAACAAAUGGCUUAUGUUACGAUUUGAGCAAGAAAAGUAUAAUCCAGGCAGAUAUGAAACAUAGAAAGCAACAGUUAAAAUUCAUGAGAGCGAGUCAGUACUCAUUCUCCAAAAAUGCUUCCCACCCAAGAUAUUGUGCGUGCUUGUAAUUAUAAGUGGGUGAGCGCUCCUUCACUACAAAAACAUUUGCGCAAUGAUGAUGAUGAUGCUAGUUUCAUUAAGAGGCAAACCAGAGUGAACAAUGACGAGUUUCAAAUAGCUAACCUCCCACGCUUCUAUUCUGGGGCAAAACUCCAUAUCCUUGUGCAACAACUUAUUUGAGGUGGAUUAAUCAAAGAAUUACAAAACCUAAGGAAUGUUCGUGUAAAG